GCAAAGGCUUUAAGGAGAAGGUGAAUAGAUAAUCUACCGAGAAUUUUCUAGAUAUUGGCUGCGCUUCACACACAUUUGUAAUCAAGCGCCCAGUUUGAUGCAUUGGCGAGUUCUUGAAGUCUUAGAUACAGAUUUACACCUUUGGCAUUUUCAACUCUAAAGUACUUAGAAUGAGGCACUUGCUGAUUAUAUCGUUUUUGGCCUUUGUAGCUGCCGACGUUAUUGAAAAGGAGCACUUGUCGUUUUUGUUCCCAGGCACUUCUAAAAAGGGACCUCCGUUUGAAAAGAAGCUAUACGAUGCUUUUAAACUAAGUGAUGAAGUGGGAAUGAGGACAGUAAUUCUCGAUUUGGAGUCUCCAGGUCCUUCGGCUGAUGGCUAUUAUCACAGAGCAGUCAACUUCACGGUUCAAGGUACCGUUUCUGACAUACAGAGAAGGGUCUACAAGGACGUUACGUUAUCACUUACGCCGCAUGGCCGAUACUCUGGAGGCUGUGAGCAUACCGUAGAUUUGCAGAUCGGAAGUGCAAUUGUAGUUCCUGGGAGAAGAGUACUAAGGUAUACCUCACUUGGAGCGGUGAAAACGUUAAAACUUUCAACAGAGAAGAAGUACCAGUUUACCCUCAAGGACGUAUUUAAUGAGGACGUUUUCAUGGACGACUUUUGGGUCCAUUUGCAGAUAAAGUCCAAGUGCUUCAAGAGACUACACGUUACUCUGGAGAGCCCAGAUAACAAAUUGACCAAAUUUCCCAGUGAACUUUAAUAUAGAGCUUUAAACUCGGUGGUA